AUGGCGGCGGAGAACCACUGUGACUUCCCGCUGUCCCCGGCUGGCGGCCUGGGCGCGGGCGGGCCCUGCCGUCGGUGUAGCUCGGCGCCGCUGCCCAGCGCGGGGCCCGGCAAGUGGGUCCGGCUGAACGUGGGGGGCACCUGCUUCCUGACGACUCGACAGACGCUCUGCAGGGAUCCUAAGUCCUUCCUCUUCCGCCUCUGCCAGGCCGACCCCGACCUGGACUCGGACAAGGAUGAAACAGGUGCCUAUUUAAUAGACAGAGACCCAACCUACUUUGGGCCAGUGCUGAACUAUCUCAGACACGGGAAACUGGUUAUUAACAAGGACCUAGCUGAGGAAGGUGUACUGGAAGAGGCUGAAUUCUACAAUAUCACAUCUCUAAUAAAACUGGUAAAGGACAAAAUAAGAGAAAGAGACAGCAAAAUCUCACAGGUGCCAGUCAAACAUGUAUACAGAGUGCUGCAGUGUCAGGAAGAGGAACUCACUCAAAUGGUUUCCACAAUGUCCGAUGGCUGGAAAUUUGAACAGCUUGUCAGUAUAGGUUCCCAGUACAGCUGUGGCCGGGCUCAGCAGUCAGAGUUUCUGCUGAUAGUGUCACGGGAAGUGAAAGGGGAAGAGAGAUGCUUCCAGAAAUGCUGCAGUGAGCUGGUCAGUAUUGGUUCUUCCUAUAACUAUGGCAAUGAAGAUCAGGCUGAAUUUCUGUGUGUUGUCUCAAAGGAAUUGCAUAACACUCCUUAUGGAACGACCAGUGAACCCAGUGAAAAAGCAAAGAUUUUGCAAGAACGAGGUUCCAGGAUGUGAAGACAGUAUUGAACGGUGACAAUUUUUUUCUUUUAUUCGAAGAUGCAGUGAAUUGUCACACUGAAGAGGUUUGGCUGCAAAAGAAAAAAUCUGAUUUAGACAAUUUUCUGUUGAUCUGGGUUCAACCGUAUUUGCCUAAAAGCUGGUGUCAACUUCUGGAAGCAUUGCAAGAUUACAUAAUGGGAAGAGAUGGUGUGGGAGUGUGUGUUACGUUUUGCUUGUAGUGCAUGGUUGUACUCUUGUUGGCCAAUUGGUCAUUUGAAAAGAAAUGACCACGCACUCAUAUUUUCCUCAGAGACAUGUAGCACUUGAUAUCUGGUGCUGGAUGACCCAAUGUUGAUCAGUUUGGAGACAUUUUCUUACUAAUCAUUGUAAAACUUUAAAAGGACAAUGUAAUUGGUGCUACACACAGUUAGACACACACACACACACACACACACACACACACACACGUUACAGCCCAGAAACGCAAGUAUUUGGGUGUACGUUGUUUCAGAAUCAGUGUCAGCCCCAGUUGACUGUAUUAUACUGCACAUUCCUUAUGGCUCUGUGACAUAAUCUAUUAUGUAAUAACAGCCUAGGAGAUCAACUGAAACUAGCACAUGUAAAAGUUACACAACAGAGAAAAGGUUUCUCUGAAGGGUGUAUAUAUUGACUGGAUGUAUAGCUUAUUUUAAUACCCAAAGGGAAGACUAAACUCAGAGAAAAUGGCCUUCCUCUGAGUUAUUCUUGAUAUUCCCUCUGUUAAAACAGUCUCCUGCAAAAGUUAUGCUCCAGUCCUGGUCACAUGCUUGAAAGUGGAAUCAAAAUUCACUUAAAAUGACCAAUGGAACAUUCUGUUUCUUUGGAGGUGUUUGUACUCAUGUGUGUGCUUGUGCUUUUAUAAAAUGCCUAUAAGCAUUGAACUGUGUGGAUUAGGGUAAAGAUUUUACUAGAGCUGAAGGUUUUACAGAAAUACAGCUGGCUAGUCCUAGGUCCCUGUCUCUAUGACUCGGAAUAAAAUCAACCUUAGUGUGAAUAUAAACUCCAGUUGAAAAACCUGAAUACUCUGGAUAUUCAGGAUACCUGUAAUCAACCUUUCUCUUUCUAUACAGUUUUAACUAUGCAGUUAAGAACAGUGUUUGAACAGAAUGUGGUGCAGCUUUGUUGGUUUGUCCUUGGUGAAGGCUAAUACACAAGACAUACACUAUGUUUUGAGCAAAAUCUUUAGCACAUCUUUAAAACACUUAAUGAAAUGGACAGUAUAAAACUUGGCUUCAUUGACUCAUGGAACUAGUGAAAGAGAGCUUCAAAAAGCUAUAAGAUGGUUUUAAAUUCUAUAGACAUUACAGUUUUCAUUCUUAGUAAUUUCAGAAUUUAUGCAUAUACUGUAGGUAAUCCUUUACACGAAAGCCGGAUUUUCAAACACCCAGGGUCUACUUUUUUUUAAUUAUUAUUAUUAUUAUUUUUUAAAGGACUUAUUCAUUGAUAAAAGUUUGGCAAAACAAUUUGUAAGAAACAUUUCUACUAAACAGAUUAAGCAAUGGGCUAAAUGUCUUGUCCAUGUGCCUCAUGCUUGAAAGAAUUUGUAAUGCAUUUUGAGACUUGGAUGUGGUCUGCACGGGAAGCUGCUGGCCCCUCCAGAAUGCAUACAAUUUUUGUCUUUUUUUAAGAAGUUAAAACUGAAUUUAAUUUACUAAAACUGCAAUUGCAUAGGGGAAAAUGUUUAUACUUUUAUACUUUUUUAGGUACCCAUAUUUUAUCAGCUUAAAUUGAGCACAGAGAUGUCCCCUAAAUAGUGACAGAUUAUCUUGUGUACCUGAAAAUAAGCGUAACAACUGUCUGUGUUAACUGCACAUUAAAACAUUUCCUCUGCUGCAGUAGUCACUGUGUUUGUAAGCAGUACGACUCCACCAAAUUCUCUGAGCUCCCUGGCUCAUGGAAUUGCAGGCAGCCAUGUUACUCGUUUUCUUGAUGUGCUCUAUCGAGUAAUUCAGCAUUCAUGUAAGUGGAUUUUAAUGCCUAAAAUACCAGUUUUACAGUGAUCCUUGUGAAUCAGCAUUUCUCUUGCCUCUCUCAUUAAACCCAAAAAGGACGGACUAUUUAAUAAAGUGAAAUUUUCCUGAAUGACGUCAGCAAAGCAUGAGUAACAAACUAAGCAAACUGAACAAAUUUGGAGUAUGUAAAGAGUGUUUUUUUCUAAGUACAGGGCUUUUUUCCCACUGAAAUAUUUUCAGUUUUAAAACCUGCUUUUAUGAUAUUACCUGCAGUUUAGUUUACACUGUAUCCUUGCCAUAGCUACUUUUAGGGAAAUGAGUGUUUAAUAUUUUUUUUGCACUUUGUUUCCAAUACCUCACAAAGAUUUUAAGAAGGAAAGAGAGAACUUUACUAGGCAGGUACCUUGUAAAUGAUUUUAAAUAUUCUGCUGUUUGAGACCACCUGAACUAACUGCUUUCCUGUUCUUGCUGUUGUCGUUAUUGCUUUAAUUUUUGUGAUCAUGUGAGGGUUUCAGAUAGAUGGAAAUGCUCUCUUCAUCUUUUUUCAAGGCAUUAAGAAUUUAUCCCUAAGUAAGUUUUGUUUCUUUUUGUUUGGCUGUUGCAGUUAGUGCAGAAAGUUAGUGACAGUAAGAAGGUAAUUGCAUUAGAGUCCAAUCUGCAUCACCGGGUUUUGCAAAUGUUGCUUCAUCUGUUAAGAUCUUGCAGGAUGAAGUAAUAUACCUGUACAGUUUAAACUGGACUCCUUUGUUCCUUUUCUGCCAUUUGGAGAGCACCUACCUGAGAAUUGCCUGUGAGUGUGCAGAGCUGAGGGGUUCACCAUCAGGCUGGAGCUGCAGAGCUGUACUGCAAACCCCGUGGACUUAACUCUGCACACACAUAGCUCCUCUGUUCUUAAAUCAGAACAGUAUUCCAGGUUAGAAUUUUAGAUCCUGAGCUUGAAUAGAUUAUAGCAGAAGGAAUAAAGCAGGAAGGGAGAGAGAUUAAAUUCCUUAAAGGCACUCACAUGACAAACUUCUUGCAAAACUUGUUUAAAAACAGAAGUUCAAAUUCGCUAUAGCAAUUUCUUGCAAUUUCUUGCUUUGAGUUAGGAGACGGCUUAAGUUUUCUCAGAGGCUAUUUUCCUUUAUUGGAGAUGACAUUUUUAUAGAAGAUGCUUUUGACUUCUUCAAACGGCAAGUGAAUCAGAAUUUGUCUGCAAUGAACAAGUAAUUAAUUCUGAGGCCUCAAAGACACGAAUGUCACAUGGUCCAUAAUAACUGUCCAAACGUAUACUCUGACUCAGCAGCUCCCAGCCCAAAGGUUACCUGGGAUUUUGUCCCUACCUACUGUGGGAUUUCCAUAGAUUAUGGUUAAUUGCAGGUUUUUUUAUCCCACAGUAAUUUAGUUGCGUGUCAAAGACUUGAUUAAAGAAGCUUUAAUUCUUUACUAAAGUUUCUGUCAUCAGAAUCACAUACCCAUGAAAGUUGGAAAAUGUACUGUGGUUUUUUUCAAACUCAGAUUUCUUGUAAUGAUAAAAGUUCAUUUCAUCCUGCAUUGUAGCAUUAGGAGGUUAUUUCUUAAAAAUGAAUCUCUGUGAAUCAAUCUGACAUUUUGCCUUCAGACAAUAGCUGUGUAGCUCCAUUUCUAGCAAUGUGAAUGCACAGUUGUGAUUCAUUAGAAACAGGAGUAUUUCUUGCAUAUUCCAAAAUUGAAUCAAUCUCCUCUUUUUCUGAGAGAGAUAUUUUCUUCUUUUUUUUUUUUUUUUCCUCAGGGGAAAAAUGGAAACUGGCAGAUUAAAUGAAACAUAACUUGGUUGCAGGCAUGCAACCGAGGGAACAAGUCUGCUGAGUAGGGUGAUAGUGUUAUCAGAGAAGUGCUUCUCAUAACAGAACACUGUUCUGUGAAUGUCUGUUGAGGUUGUUGAGAGUUGUCGGUGUCUGUUUAAGCUGUAGAGAGCUACCACCAGCAAAUUAACACACGUUACAGAUUUUAUUAAUAAUACAAAAAUGAACUUGGAGUGCAAAAGUGCAAUAAUAUCUGGUUCAGUGGAAUUAAAUAGGAUCUGGAUUGUAGUUACCCAGGUAUACUGGAAUGUAUUCCGUGGGAAGUACUGGGAGAAGUGUGAAGUUGUCCUGGGCUUUUUGAGCAUGAUCGAAAUCAAAUGAAAGCCAGAAGUCUGGGGUUUUGUUCACUUGAGAUGUGAUAAAAUCAGAAAGUGCCAUUCUCCUAUUUUUAUUCUCUCUCUCACCACAUCAGAAGUUUCAAGUUUUUCAAAUUAACUUUUCAAUCAGCCCUUGAACUGUGGGGCUCUUGAAAGAUGAAAUUUUGUUAUGCCUUUAACAGUGUCUUUUAUCUUAAGACAGUAGGGUUAAAACCUGAGUGACCACUGGAGUAAUGUCUUUUCUAACACAACAGUUUUGAAAUACGUAAACCUGAGAAUGCUGCCUGUUACUGCAUUGUAGUUUAGACCACGGAUAUCUCCAGUUUUAAGGACAAUCUUGGGAUCUUACGUGGGUUUUUGUGUAGAAUUAUUGAUUCUUUAAAUAGUAUGAAUAUUCAGUUUAAAACAAAAUGUAGAAGGCUCUCUGAACUCAGUGUCAUAUAAGUUUUCAUUUGUUUCUCAAAAAUCAGGUGUUGUCUUGAAAGGCUUCUUAAUGAACAGCGGCUUUAAAGGGCUACACAGAUCUUAUUGUCCAAUUUGCCUAAAUGACUGUCAGAAGGAAUUCUUUCCAUUUUCAGAGCAGAAACGCUAAGGGCUAAAAUGCUUUCCAGGGCUAAUUUGAUGUUCCAGAGACAUAAAAUGUUUUAAAAACAACUAGUCUGUUUUCCUUUCAACUCAUGGACUGUAAAAUAAUUUUUACAAAUGGCUAAACCAAUUGCAGAUGUAAGUGUUCUUAUAUGGCUUGGAUUUUCAGUAUCCAGAUUGGGUAAGAGCACACUAGAGAAGACAUUACACUUACCCUCCACUUUAUUAUUACCUUUGCUGAAAUCCAACAACUUUUAUGAACAGCACUGGCAAUAGAGAAGCUUUGAGGAAUAUUCUGCCCCAGGAAAUUGUCACAGAAUAUUUCUUUGCAACUUGGUUGACUUUUACUUUAGCAGCAUCUACCAAGGCAUAAACUUCUCAGUUGUUCAGUGAAUAGAUACAGCUGCAAAUACAGUUUUCUGGGUGCAUCAGAGGGUUCUCUUCAGGAUGCUGUGUCUUAAUAACUACUAUAAUGAGAGAAACUUUUUAAAAAGUUAUUUUCCUACUUCGGGGGUGAGUGGGAGGGGAGAAGGUUCUGUGACAGUGCUCUUCCUUGCCUUAGGAGGCAGAGUCUAAAUUUUGACCUAAGACUUGUUGUGAUUUUGAGGCCUCGUCAUCUGAAAUGAAUAAAGAGUAAAAGUAAAUGUGUUUAUUACGUACAUGAUUCUUGCUACCUUUGAAGAUUUUCCAAAAGCUUAUGCACAACUUUACUCGCAUUAACUUGACUCAUGUGUAUUGCUAGAAUGAAGCAAGUGCCAAGGCACUCUUAAAAGUAAUGUUGCCAGCCUCUACCUGGAAAUGAAACAAGAUCACCAAACUGAAGAAGUAUCAAAUGGCAGCUUUUUCCACCUGCUUCUGUCCUUAUCCUUACCUCAACCUAGCUAUGAAAAAUCUACUUCCUAUGCACUCUUUAGGACCACCUACCCAAUUCAACAAACUUUUUUUUUCUUUUUUACCUUUUCCUCCAAAUCACCGGUCUCAAAAUUAGUUGUGCAUCAGCUGUUUGUGCUUAUACCCAAGUGGCCAUACUUGCAACUUGUUAUUUCCUGGAUAGUGGAUUAGCAAUAACACUUUACUUUGUGCCAAUUCCUUAUCUCUGAAGUGUUCUUACUGCAGCAGAAUUUGAGUUUUGAUUUGGUUUUAAUGCAUUAGCUUUAACCAAAACUCCUAACACAGACACAGACAAGAAACUGAAUUCAGGGAAACUUCCCUGGAAAAAAAUCUGCUAGGGCUUCCCAGAUGAUUUGAAGGUGGUUACAGUUAACCAUCACUUUCAAAGUAAACAAAUGAAAUGUGUGUGGGUAUUUUUUUAACUUCCUUUUCAUAACACUAGUGUAUUGUAAACUGCAUGGAAUAAACCUGGUAUUUCCCUUUUAAA